GGUGCUGUGGGCUGACAGGGAGACACUGCAUGAGAGAGAGAGGAAGACAGCAGACAUGGGUCCAGCAGCGGAGUUGAUCAUGAGUGGCAGGGUCAGGCCUGAGUGUGUUAAUCAGGAGGCAGGAAGACUUUAGUUUCGGGCACAGGACAUUACUUAUUCUUCCAUAACCCCUCCAUAUAAACAGCUGGGGGACUAAUGUGACCUCAGUCAGUCUAAUGACUCGUAUGGACUCAAGGAACAUUCAACAAAAUUGAAUGUCACUAUAUGGACACCUUGGUUUUAGACUUUGUGUGCUCCGCUGAACCGUUUACUUUGUCCCCAGGUGAUGAAUUACGUUUAAGGAUGUCCUCAAUCUCCUCUUUAGUUUCCCAACUUUUAAUGAUAAUCUGUAAUAUUUUUAAAUGAUGGUAUAGUCCCACUGAUGUAAUACAUGCACACAAAGGGUCUGCAAGUGUUGAGGUCAGGGGAUGUACGUACGGCCACACCAUUCACCCCAGCAGGAUAUCACGUUAAAGCUGUCUUCGCAGCAUGCUGUCAUGUCCUUGCAUCCCACUCUUCUCCUAACGUGAACCAUCAUCUACCUAAAUCCUCUCUUGUUCACUUUUUUCUUCCAUCUGUCCUUUCCCACGUGUAUCAACUUCAGAGCAUCUUAUCCUGCUCCCACUCUGUUUACCGUCCUCUCUUUUAAUCACUCAGGCUGUACAGUAUCUCUUUGUCAGCUUUGUUUUGUUAUCUUCUGUCAGUACUGUUACGUCACAUUUAUCUUUGCUUUCCAUUUAAACCUGGCAGCUCAUCACAUCUUAAAACCACCCCAAAGCAUCUGUCCCUCCCUCUCGGCUCCAUCUGUGACUGUAUUCAUACCCUCUGUCCGGUUUGUCUUAUUUCCGCAUCCCGUCUCCCCCUUCUGCUUCCUCUUUACAUCACUUUCUCCCCCCACUCCCUCUCUCUAACCAUCCCCCUUGCUUCCCCCUUCUCCUGUGUGGCCAUGCUGGAGCGUAUGUCCCGUCGCUCUCGCUCCCUGCUCUCCCUGACCUUGACCACUCUGGCUCUGGCCCUCUCCAUCCUGGCUCUCUGCACCUCCUACUGGUGUGAGGGCACUCACAAGGUGGUGAAGCCCCUCUGCCUGUCGCCCGUCAAAAUGAAGAACUGCGGUCAGAACAACAGCGAGCCUUACACCACAGAGAGUCCCACUCAGAACCCCUUCAACCGCACACUGUCUCCAGCCAGAAGGGAGGAGCUGGCCAGAAUCAGACAGAGGCAGCUGGCCAACGCUGUGCACUACAUCUGGGAGACGGGGGAAGACAAGUUUGCUUUCAGAUACUUUCACACCGGCUUCUGGGAAAGCUGUGAGAAACACAGCGAUGGGGAGAAAUGUCGCAGCUUUAUAGAGUUAACUCCAGGGGAAACACAAGGUGUGCUCUGGCUGUCAGUGAUUUCAGAGUUCACGUACAUCGGCCUGCUGGGGAUGGGCUUCUUACUGAUGUGGCUGGAAGUUUUGUGCUCUCAUAAAGAGAUGCACUCUCUGAAAAUCAAUGCCUACGCAGCUAUCUGUACCGUGUUAUCAGGUCUUCUCGGGAUGGUAGCCCAUAUGAUGUACACCACAGUAUUUCAGAUGACAGUCAUUGUGGGCCCCAAAGACUGGAGGCCUCAGUCCUGGGACUACGGCUGGUCAUUUGCUCUUGCGUGGGUGUCCUUCAGUUGCUGCAUGGGGGCAGCCGUGGUCACGCUCAACUCCUACACAAAGACCAUCAUCGAGCUUCGUCGCAGACAGAGGCUACGAUUGGAGGAAGCGAGAGCUGCCAGUCACGCCCCAGCCUAUGAUGAGGUCGUUCCAGGGGGCGGGCUCUACUCUGUCAGCGGCCUACUGCAGUGUCCAGACGGUAUGAUUGAUGUGUCGUGGGCCCCGAACGGCAGCAUGGUUGGAAUGGGGAAUGGGGAUGUACCAACGCUGGUUUUGGUAGGAGGCUGUGGGCCAGAGGGAUGUGAAGACUGUGAGAGAGAGAUGGAUGAGAUGGAGGAGGCCAUGGACCGAGUUGAUUCACCUUGUUAGGGAGUCACUUAUAUCCAUCAACUAAAAGGGUUGAAAAACUUUAAAAGAGGAAAAGAACUGUCACCAUGCUGGAGACGGAUCAGUGUGAGCAAACAGAUGUCUUUUCUUCCGCUUUGACUUUCAGUGAACUUGGGGACGAACCAACCAGGCUGAAAUCAACACAUAUCAAAAUAUAAAGACUACAUUGUAUGUAUAGGCCACACUAACAUGCAAGAGUACAUGUUUUCUGGGUAUUUCUCAGUGCCUCAUGGUAGGAAAGUAAAUUUGUCUCCAUAUGUAAAUGUAUAUAAAUGUUUAUAUUAUUUUAAUGUUUAUAUAUUAACUUGCAAUAUAUCAGGAUGACAGUCAUCCCAAUGAUCAUUUCAUUGUAUAAACAGGAUGGAUGUUUCUUUUCCCGGUGAUACCCAACAGAACAGCCUGUCCUUUAAGACUAAAUAUACAAUAUAUUCUCAUUAAUCUGAGCGGGACACUCAACAUGUUUCCUUUUUCAAAGUCUUCUCCCUCUGUGACAAACUUUUGACGGUUGCAAAAUUUCGAUGCAAUGUGUAAAAUACCAGAGGCCACAACAAACGCAGUCUCUCCACAGACACACAGACAAACCCAUAAGACAGACACAUAGAGAUAGAAAGAUUACAGAGAUUUUAAAAAGUCUGCUCUCUGAUGUUGAACAGAAGAUUAUGUGUAAACCAGUAAUCCCGAGUUGGAUGGAAAGAAGGAGGAACAGAGUGAAGAGAUGGGAGGCAUGUGAA